CUUGAGGCUAGAAGUUAUUAACUGCCAUUAUUUAAAUAUGUGGCAUUUUUAAUAACUUCUCUCAACUGAAACCGAUGUUUAAUUAGUUAGUUAUUCUGCCACGAAGUAAUCAAAUUUGUCCGUGUUGUCUGUAUUGAGAUUGGAGAUUUGCGAGGUGCCAUUCAGUAGAAUUUUAGUGAGAAGAGCGUGUCGGCUUGAAAUUAGAAGCAUGCAUAAUUGUGAAAGUCCAGGAAAUAAUCCUCGAGUGUGUAUGCAUAAUGUGGAGAAUAAGCUUCAGUGUAAGUUUGACGCAGAUGAUAAGUGUUUCGUACCCCAACCAGAGGCUGAUCCUGAUUACGGCGACCUGAAUUGCUGGCCGGCACGCUUUGAGGUUAUAGAAGAGCUGAUGAUGCUUGGCAGAAUCUCGGGGCCAGUAGUAGUAAUGGGACUGCUUCUCUACUUGAGAGGCAUGAUAUCCAUGCAAUUCUUGGGCUACCUUGGAGAGCUGGAACUAGCCGGAGGCUCUCUUUCAAUCGGCUUUGCAAACAUAACCGGCUAUUCAGUCAUUUCCGGUCUGGCAAUGGGAAUGGAACCCGUGUGCAGUCAGGCUUUUGGAGCAAAACGGCGGAUUCUUCUUGGCCACUCUCUUCAAAGAACAAUUCUAAUCCUUCUCUGCGCCUCUGUGCCCAUCGGAUUGCUGUGGUUAAACAUUGGACCGAUUCUGCUUUAUUGUGGGCAAGACGAGAGCAUAACCAGGAUGGCAGGCAAGUACAUUCUCUACUCUCUGCCUGAUCUCAUAGCGCAGUCAUUUCUUCACCCUCUAAGGAUUUUCCUUCGAACUCAGAGCUCCACCCUUCCGCUCACUGUCUCAGCAGGCUUGGCUCUUCUCCUUCACGUUCCCAUCAAUUUUCUUUUAGUUGUGUAUUUCAGACUAUCAAUCCGGGGUGUCGCCCUGGCUGCCGUAUGGACCAACUUCAACAUUGUGAUAUGCUUGGCAUCAUACAUAUGGUUGUCGGGACUUUACAGAGAUACUCUGCCGGGCUUGUCGAGAGAAUGCCUAAAAGGGUGGACGUCAUUUCUGAGUCUGGCAAUCCCCAGCUGUGCAUCAGUCUGCUUAGAGUGGUGGUGGUACGAAUUAAUGGUUCUUCUCUGUGGACUAUUGCUGGACCCCAGAACAACCGUAGCUUCAAUGGGAAUUCUAAUCCAGACAACGGCUCUGCUUUACAUAUUUCCAUCGUCUCUGAGCAUGGGAGUUUCUACGAGAGUGGGAAACGAGCUCGGUGCAAACAGGCCGGCCAAGGCGUGCAGAGCCAUGAAAGUGGCAAUUGGAAGCGCGGCUGUUUUGAGCUUCAUAGCCAUGAGUUUUACAGUAACAAUACGUCACGUAUGGGGUAGAAUGUUCACCAAAGAUGAGCAAAUUCUCUCACUGGUUUCGUCGGCACUGCCUAUAGUUGGCCUCUGCGAGCUGGCUAAUUGGCCCCAAACCACCGGGUGCGGGGUCCUCCGAGGCAGUGCUCGCCCGACCAUGGGUGCAAAUAUAAAUCUGGGUUCUUUCUAUUUGAUCGGAACACCCGUUGCAUUGGUUUUGAGUUUCAUAUACAAAUUUGAAUUUGUGGGUUUAUGGCUUGGCAUGCUGGCGGCACAAGUUUCGUGCCUUAUCCUCAUGAUGUUUGUGAUGCUACGGACCGACUGGAGCAUGCAGGUUGAGAGAGCCAGGAAGCUCACCGCCGACAUUUCACCAGAGAAGCCACAGAUACAUCAUAUGUGCAAUGAAGCGAACGAACACUGUGUUUGCAAAAAUUUAUACAUCCCAUGUGAACAGACAGACGCACAGCCUCUACUAACUGUUGUUAUCGCUUAAUUUGUGUCUAAUCCCCUUACUCUAACCAAGGCAAUUGCUUCGAGAUUUAGGACAGUGGGGAAUCAUUAACUACUUAACUGGAAUUAAAUGGAGCUGUAUUGCCUCUAAAAUAAAUUCUUGGAUUCAUGUUCGCGCCUUGUUGGUCGUGAUUAAAUUGGAUAUACCUCUGUAAUGACGUCAGUGAAAGCAUGUUUUCCAAUCUACGCAAGGUAGGCCUGGGCUUAGCCAGUAUGUAGCCUGUUGUAGAGAAUUUAAUAGAUAUUGCAGGCCAGAGGUUUUACCUGGUCGAAUUUUUA